CACUCCACCUUGGCCUCCAGCCUGUUGUCCUGAACCUGUGCCCUCUCUGCAGCCUCAGAUCCAGUGCCUGGCUACGCUCUGAAGGGCAUCGUGGGUUUGAUGGAUUUCACUCCAAGGUGCUCACCUGGCCCCUGAGCUUGGGGAACACAUUCCACCAUACAGAGGCAAUCCUGCUGGGAGCCUAGGAUGGAUUGUGGCUCGUGGUCUGUGUGGGGCAAAGGGAUCCAACCUGCCCUGCACAAAGAGCUCAGUGCUGCGCUGCCUCUGAAACACUUGUGAAAACUUGGGAUGAAAGUUUUCUGCAUCCCGUCCUUCCCAGAGUAGUUUUAGGGUAAAACCCGGCAUUCCUCCCCAGUCCACUGCAGGGGAUCUGAGCAGGACCCCCCUCCCCAUGCCUGGGCCCCGUGAGGGGGGCAGAGGGCUGAAACAGCCACCUCAUCACAGGUGCCAGGUGACCCAGUCCCAUCAACUGAAAUGCCACCGGGGGAACACUGUUUUCCUGUCACCCGAUCCCUGGCUGCUGGAAUGUCCUCCUGGGUGCUAUAUAAGAUUGGGGCCAGGGCGACGGCUCUCAGGGCACUGCCUGUGCAAGGCAGGAGCUGGAACGCUGUGCCGAGGUCCCUACGCCCCUCCUCUCCUUCCAGCCCCUCUGCCGCCAUGGUGGGUCUGAAGGCCCCUGAGGUGCCCCCGACGGCCGCCAUGAAGUUCAUCAGUGCAGGGAUGGCCGGCUGCAUCGCUGACCUGUGCACCUUUCCCCUGGACACCGCCAAAGUGCGGCUGCAGAUCCAGGGCGAGGUGAGGAUCCCCCGGACUAUCGGCUCUGUGGAGUACCGGGGUGUUUUGGGGACGCUGAGCACCAUGGUGAGGACGGAGGGAGCCCGCAGCCUCUACAGCGGGCUCGCAGCCGGGCUGCAGCGCCAGAUGAGCUUCGCCUCCAUCCGCAUCGGCCUGUACGACUCUGUGAAGCAGCUCUACACCCCCAAGGGUGCUGAGAACACAGGCAUGGCUGCGAGGCUCCUGGCUGGCUGCACCACGGGGGCUGUGGCCGUGGCCUGUGCCCAGCCCACCGACGUGGUCAAGGUCCGGUUCCAGGCCAGUGGGGCCCUGUCAGACAGUGCCCGCCGGUACAGCGGCACCGUGGACGCCUAUCGCACCAUCGCCAGGGAGGAGGGGAUCCGCGGGCUCUGGAGAGGGACGCUGCCCAACAUUGCUCGCAAUGCCAUCAUCAACUGCGGGGAGCUCGUCACCUACGACCUCCUCAAGGACGCGCUGCUGCGGGCACAGCUCAUGACAGACAAUGUCCCGUGCCACUUUGUGGCCGCCUUUGGGGCCGGGUUCUGUGCCACAGUGGUGGCAUCACCGGUGGACGUGGUGAAGACACGGUACAUGAACGCCAGCCCCGGGCAGUACCGCAAUGCCCUGAGCUGCCUCCUGGCCCUGCUCAUGCAGGAUGGCCCCGCCGGCCUCUACAAGGGCUUCGUCCCGUCCUUCCUGCGGCUGGGCUCCUGGAACGUGGUGAUGUUUGUGUCGUACGAGCAGCUGCAGCGCGCCAUGGCGCUGGCACGGCCGGCCCUGGCCUGAGCCCCUCGGCGCCUCUCGCCAGCCCAGCGAGGAUCAGCAUCAAUUAUAUUAAUUGCCAAAGCGCCGGGGAGCAGCAAAGCCGCACGCUCAGGGAGGGACCAGAGAGACAGAAGGAGGAAAGGAUGCUGUUUGAGGAGAAACAUGGGAGAAUGGAGGUUUUCAAAGAAGAGUUUUAAGGAAACUUUUAAAGUUUUAAAGGAUGAAGGAAAAACGUUUGUUGGCUUUCCACCUGGGAAGAACUUCCCAAGGGCAGUGGUGUAGGCAGGCAGGACCAAGCUGAGGGCCAGAGAAUUCCUGUUAUUCCUUACUGGCGCUUCCAUUAAACCGCCCCUAUGGGGUCUGAUCACA